AUGCCUUCCAAGUCGAGGCAGAAGGAGAAGCAGGAAGGCAGCCCGGCUGCCUCCUCCUCAGCAGCCCCAGUCGACUCUGUGCUAGAGCGUCGACGAGUUCACAGCGCACUGCGCAACGUCAAAAAACUCUACACCGACAGCGCAGGAACCAGCAAAGCCCUCUCGUUUCUCAACUCCCUCGCUCGCUUCCCCGAUACCCUCCCCUGCUUCCAUGGCGAGCCCGGGCAUGGUAGUUACCGCCACAUCUGGCCUCACAACCCACUGGAGGACAUGAGGGCGGAAGGCGAGGAAGUCGAGUACUGGAUCCGCUACCUCGACUUGAUCAAGCAGUGGGAGCUGAGAAGGCAGGAGGCUCAGUCAUGGACUCGUUACUAUGACUCGAUCUUGCGCCGGAUGAUGGAAACCCAGGCGGAGGAAGCGGUGUCGGAGGAGAGGGCGGAGGAAGAGAAGCGGAAGCGUCAGCUCGAGGAGCGUCGUCUCGGCAAGCGGAAGGAGGAGCCUGCGGGCGAUAUUUGUCUUGACCCGCAGAUCGAGCAAGAGAUCAUCAACAAUAUGACUCUCGCUGAUCCCGAUGACGAGGACGAGGACGAACAGUCUGAGCGCUGUCGGCAGACUAUCAACCAGCUUCUUGUGUUGAAUGCUGAAGCCCGACAGCUUACAAAGGAGUGUAUCCAGGGGGUUGAGGGCUCGCAGGCAGAGCUAGCGGCCCCGAACAAUGAAGCGCAGGACGAGAAGCAGGAUCAGCCUGACGUCAGGCUCAGCCUGGAUAUCUGUCGCCACUUGUUCAAGCAAUUGGUCCCUCCUGAUCUUGACGAGGAGGAGCACGAAUUGUCGGCUGAGCCUUGCCGGCUGGCCUUCAAUCAGAUCAUCAUGACGAACGCCGACGCUAGGCAACUUACCAAGGACUGCAUCGACGGGAUCGAAGGUUUGCUCGAGGAGCUUCAAGCUGAAGCCGAAGCAAUGAGGUUGGGUUUGGGUUUGCCUGCUGAGGAGAAUGUGGUCGAAGAAGAAUAUGAGGAGGACAAUGCCGCCAGCUACGACUGGAUGAAGGACCUGAUGUCAGCAGACAAGAUCGAAGGCGAGGAUGGAGAAAUCCCUGCGGGGCUCUCCGAGUAUUGGAGGUACUCCAAGGCUUACUUUCAUCUUUAUUUGUAAGCCAGUGGCUUACAAGGCGGUUAUGGCGCACAAUCAGUGUUGUGUUUGUGGUUUGUUUGUUGAUAGGAAUGAUAUCAAGGAUACCAUCACUGCCGGCCUGAGGAAGAAGAUAUGAGAUGGAAGUGGUAGUUUGCCAACCUAGUAGUUGCAACACACUACCAUUUUCCUUUUUUCUUUUCUUCUUUUCUUCUUUUCCUUUAUUCUUUGCUCCUUUUUUCCUUUUCUCCUUUCUUUUGUCUUUUUUUCUUUUUUUUCCUUUCGUCAUGGGCAUAGUCCGCCUGGUCCUGAACAAGGUUUAAGGCCUUGCACACAACACAAAACAUGUACCAUAGUGUCCGAUAUGUAUAUCAUUCUUGACGAAAUGCAUAUUUUGCUUCAAGAGAAGCAUAUUAAUCCUCAA